UACGCCACGUCGAAAGCUCCGGAAUCUGACGCUAAACCACUGACCAAAACAAACGCCGUGUUUAGGAGUCGGUAUUGCUUGCCACUCGUCUUUGUAGCCCUUUUUGUGUAUCGAACAUGAACUUGGAAACUCUGUUGCUGGUACAUUGAGUCUUCUCAUUAUGGACAAUUCAUCUUUCUAUGAGGCGUUGUCGUCUGAACUGGCUUCCGAAAGUACUAUGCUGGAGUUCAAGCUCCAGAAGAUCGACCUGGGCAGGUCUCAGCAUAGUUUGACGGAGCGACCUCCAUACAGAAACCAACACCACACUCAGAAGGCAUUUGAGACUAUGAAUAUUUUGAGGAAGCAGAACCUCCUCUGUGACGUAACUCUCGUGGCUGGUGCCACAGAGGUGGCUGCCCACAAGACAGUGCUGGCGUCCUGCAGCCCCUACUUCUAUGCCAUGUUUACGGGCUUCACUGAGAGUCGAGCCAACAAGAUCACACUUCAGGGUCUGGACGGGACUGCACUUGCUCUGCUCAUCGAUUAUGUCUACUCAGCUGAGAUACAGGUUACUGAGGAGAAUGUGCAGACCCUGCUACCUGCUGCUAACCUGCUUCAGUUGAGCGACGUCCAAGAAGCCUGCUGUGAGUUUCUGCAGGCUCAGCUACACCCAUCAAACUGCCUUGGCAUACGGGCAUUUGCGGAUCUCCAUGGGUGCCUUGACCUGCUGUCACACUGCGAUUCCUAUAUUGAGCAGCACUUUGUGGAAGUGACUGAGAAUGAAGAAUUUCUUGCCCUUCCUGCGAAUCAGGUGGCACAUCUCAUUUCUAGUGACAGACUGUCAGUUCCUUCAGAAGAGCAGGUAUUUGAAGCUGUGAUGAACUGGGUGAACCAGGACUUGGCCAACCGCGAGUCGCAGCUGGGCUGCCUGAUGGAGCACGUGCGACUGCCACUGCUGUCUCAGGAGUAUCUGGUACAGCGUGUAGAGGAGGAGCCCUUACUAAAGGGAAACCUGCCCUGCAAGGACUUUCUCAUUGAGGCCAUGAAAUACCAUCUGCUGCGUGCUGAUCAGAAAGCCCUCUACGCUACACCACGGACCAAGCCUCGAACACCUGUCGGACGCCCUAAGAUGCUGCUUGUGGUGGGUGGCCAGGCUCCCAAAGCCAUUCGCAGUGUGGAGUGCCUGGACCUGCAGCGUGAGCGCUGGCUUCAGCUGGCUGAGCUCCCCAGCCGCCGGUGCCGUGCAGGCCUAGCCCUUCUUGAUGGCCGUGUCUUCACAGUCGGUGGCUUCAAUGGCUCACUACGUGUGCGCACAGUCGACAUCUAUGACCCCGUGAGGGAUCAGUGGAGCCAAGCAGCUAGCAUGGAAGCUCGGAGAAGUACAUUAGGUGUGGCAGUUCUAAACAACCAGAUCUACGCUGUUGGCGGCUUCGAUGGUUCUACAGGACUGAACAGUGCUGAAAGAUAUGACCCACAUACAGAAGAAUGGACGGCAAUUGCGUCUAUGAGUACUCGUCGAAGCAGUGUUGGAGUUGGGGUUUUGAAUGGCCUCCUAUAUGCUGUCGGUGGAUAUGACGGGGCAUCACGGCAGUGCCUAAGUUCAGUGGAGCGCUAUGAUCCUAAGGAAGAAGAGUGGUCCCUUGUAGCCGAUAUGUCUGCAAGGCGCAGUGGUGCUGGUGUUGGAGUUCUGGACGGAGUGCUUUAUGCCGUGGGAGGACAUGAUGGGCCCCUGGUGCGCAAAAGUGUUGAGUGUUAUCAUCCUGACACCAAUUCGUGGUCCCAUGUGCCAGACAUGGCCCUGGCCAGGCGAAAUGCAGGUGUCGUGGCAAUGGAUGGCCUACUCUACGUUGUUGGUGGCGAUGAUGGAUCAUCAAACCUUUCAUCUGUUGAAGUCUACAAUCCAAAGAACAAAUCCUGGAACAUCUUGAGCACAUUCAUGACCAUUGGUCGUAGCUAUGCUGGAGUGACAAUCAUUGACAGGCCACUUUAAAUUAGACUUUUUGAUAAAUUGCCCCCUGAAGUUGUGGUUAGACCACAGGAGGUAUCCAGCUUGGGCUGAAAAAAAGGCUACCCUAAACAAGCCUUUCUUUCCAUGUAGUCCCAAUGAUGAGUGGCCAAGCCUCCUAAGCAAGGACUGUUGUGUGGUGUGACUUACCUUUAUCCCAGCAGCACAGAAAGUGAAUGCAUAGGAAAGUAUGUACAUUUAUUAGGCAUGUAUCAGAAAGCAUUCUCACUUGCUUGGUAUGAUAAUAGUCUUUCAAAACACUUUUCUAUGUGCACCCGUCAGGGUCUAGCUAAAGUCAAAUAUUUAUCAAGUUAUGUACUGCAUUUCAUGCAUUCCAGACGGUCAUUUGUGAAACUUUAUGAAUGUAGGCUGGCUGUGCAAGUUCACACAAUCUGUCUUGAUGGGCUGCAGGAGUUUUGUAAUUAUGUUGUGCAGGUGUCUUGAUUGGCUGCAGGAGUUUUGUAAGUAUGUUGUGCAGGAGGCAGCAGUGUGAACACACUGUGUUGAACAAAUGAGCAGUUCAAAAAAUAACAAAGAAUGGCAAUUUUAUUUCCUUUAUAGCUAAGUUUAAAGUGAUGUGCAAUUAAAUCUGGAUGAAUGCAUUGGCUUUGCCAGGUGCUAAAUGAGAAUAGGGUAAAUGGGGCACCAAUAUGUAAAAACGCACUUUAUUUCUAUUCAAGAUCAUCUUCAGUUGCCAUUUUUGCUUUGUAAAUGAGUACCACGGGAUAUAUUCUGGAAUGUGAGAGCUGCUUGGCUAGUAUCAGCAAGUGAGGGUGACAAUGCCACGCCUGUCCAUUUGUUGCUUGAAUGCCGAUCAAGUGGCCCCCUUUCAUAUUGGACCAUAUUUCCCUGUACUUUCAUCGUACUGCACUUGAUCCCUUGCUGUGAUCUUAACUUCAAGAGAACACUCCUACAAAUACAAAGGGUGACUGUCAAAUCGCCUAAGGAAAAGCAUUGCUUUUGGUUCGACAAACAGCGAGACUUGGAUUUUAAUGUGCAUUAUUUUUUCUCUUAAAGACAUUGUAUAGAGGCACUAGGACAUUGUCCUAUAGUGCUCAGUGUGCUAACAGAUAUGAAUACAGAGGUAUAGCACAAACUGUAAGCUGUUUACAUAGCAUGUGCUAAGGCUUAUGUAUUUUAUCUCACAUAGGUUGCUUCGUUACACCACGUUUGAUUAUCUGUAUUAAACUUUGCUUCAGAUGAGCGAAAAUAAUAUUUCAAAUUUACCUACAUUGAUUGGUUAGCAGUGUUAAAACUGACACAGCAUGGAGGCCAGCUCAUAUUACUUAUAAGAUGCAGCACUAUCUUGCAGAGGUCUGCCAGCAAGUCUGUAAAGUUGGCCCUGUGCUUUCAUGUGUAAAGAAAAUUGUAUGUGUGUAUAUAUAUAUACGUAUAUAUAUAUAAAAGUAUGUAUAUGGUUUGAUAUAAAGAUGGUUGCUGGUUGAAUGUGUGUACUAUUCCCUUUUUCUCAUAGCUGUUGGGAGAAUUAAAUGGGGCAUGUACUGUAAUUGGUACAAAUUCUUCAACCAAUGUUUCGCAUCCAUUUCCUUUACAUAUCUUAGCUUCAGCACUUAGCCUCCCGAGCCAGAAUCACUCUAUUUCUAGGUAGUGGGAAAAAGAAAUUGAGAAUUCUUGUUUUUGUUUCAUUGUG